UGUCAGUUGUCAGGCACUGGAAUCUGGGAAAACAGGCUAAAAUACAGAAUACUUUAUAAGAAACAAGAUUAUUAAAUGAAAAUCUGUAACAAAAACAUUUAACAAUGUUCAAAUCAUUUAUUCAAGCAGAAGUAACGCUAUGCCGUAGAAUUUUUGUAAGAGGUCUUAACACUAGAUCGCCAUGGGACAUUGUCACGGGAGUUUGUGUAGAGAGACUGCCAGUGGUGACACCACCACUGAAUGAGAUGCAAAAAAAGUUUAUGGCUCUUCAAAGUACCUUGGAAAUUGAGAAGAGUAUGAAGUCAGACCACGAAAUUCGACAUGAAAGCGAUAAAAUUCAGGCUGAACUUCUAAAAAAGGAGUCUGCUGAUGUGGAUGUGGAUGCAGUGAGUAAAAUUACUGCUCAAGACUUUGAGGAUGCUGCUACUGAAGAGCUGGCUCAGUUCAAAUUUGCUAGUAUAGAAACAGAUGCUGACAAAAAAGUUGAUAAAACAUCAACGGAAAGAUGUCUCCAAAGACACGUGGUGUUAGUGACACCCGUUAAGGUGGGAUCUGAUAUCAAAACAUUACUACCUCAAGGAUUAUGGCAAGAAGGAGAAACAUUAAGACAGACUGCUGAAAGAAUAGUAAAGGAGCAGUGUGGUUCUGAAAUAAAUGUACAGUUCCUGUCAAAUGCACCAUGUGGCUUUUAUAAGUACAAAUAUCCCUCUGAAGUCAAUGGGAAAAUAGGUGCUAAAGUAUUCUUCUAUUACGCUAAUUAUAAAAGUGGGAAACUAAACAAGACUAAAGGCAACUGGCUAACUCGCAAUGAACUUGAAGAUAUAUUGCCAGACAGAUAUAGCAAGUCUGUCAAAGAGUUUCUAAUAGAAGAAACAUAUUGAUAGUUUGUACAUAGAAUAGAAGUUUUGUAGUCAUAAUAAAAUAUGUUUUUAAUGUUUA